AUGUACGAUAUAUCUAGUGAACAAAUUAAUAUACAAAAUAAGUUUUUAAAAAAUUUAGAUUUAUAUUGUAUAUUAAAAUUUAUUAUAACAAACAAUAUAGAAAUACACAAUGAAGAGAGUUACAAUAUUUUAAUAAAUAUAAUCAAAUCAAAUAAAAUAAUAACUCUAGAGGAAUCUAAAAGGAUCUUUUCAAAUAACAGGAAAUUAUUCAAGAAGCAUAUCUAUAAAAAAAAUAAAAGUAGGUUAUAUCAAAUAAAAACCAAUAAUCAUAUUGAUAAAAAUAAUAUUGAUAAAAAUAAUAUUGAUAAUAAUAAUAUUGAUAAUAAUAAUAAUAUUGAUAAAAAUAAUAUUGAUAAUAAUAUUCUUAAUAGUUGUGGUUCUAGUGAGAUACACACAAAGUGUGCGAAUUUUUCUAAGGGUAAUAAAAAAAUUGAUGUUAAUAAAAAUUUAAAUCACAAAGAUAUAUAUACAAAUGAUUCCCUUUUUUCUAAAGAUCUAAACAAUAAAAUAUUAUUUGAAUUUUUUCAAUUUCCAAAAAAUAUUUAUGUGUCAGAAUAUAUUAAUCAUUUAUGUAGAGAAAAAUUAAUACACGAACCCUUAAAUAUAAAUUUGAGCCUUAUAAAAUUUGAUAAAAAGAAAAAGAAAAACAAAAAAAGAAAAACAUUUAAAAGGAAUAAUAUAGGAGAGUUGCAAAAAGGCACGAAUAAAUAUAACAGUGAUUCAGGUAUAGCCUCCAAGGCAAACAUAAAUGGAAAUAUAAAUGGAAAUAUAAAUAAAAAUAUAAAUGAAAAUAUAAAUAUAAAUAAAAAUAUAAAUAAAAAUAAAAAUAUAAACCUUAAGAGAAAUAUAAGCACAAGCCAAAAUGAAAAUACAAACACAAAUACUAAUACAAACACUAAUACUAAUACAAACACUAAUAUUAAUACAAACACUAAUAUUAAUACAAACACUAAUAUUAAUACAAACACCAAUAUAAUCGCAGAAACGUUCGAUAGAGAAGAACACAAAAAGUUUUAUAAAAUUUCCUCAAAAUGUUUUUCAAGAGUAUUAAAUGAAGAGGAUGAUCCAUUUCCAUAUAUAUAUUACAUUAAAGGUGUUUCAAAUGAUAAUAAAAAUGUUCAUAUAAAUUAUAAUAUAAAUAAUAAAAUAAAUAACAAUAUAUUUAAAAAUAAAAGUAGUAGUUUAGAUAAGAAUGUGAAGACCAGUUUAUUCAAUUCCAUAGAAAAAAAUAAAAAUGAUAUAUAUGCACAAAAUAAUAGUAACUCAGAUGAAGAUUCGAUAUAUAGCUAUUUUAGUGACAACACAAAUAUAGAUGAUAAUAAUAAAAUUGAUGAUGAUAUUGAAUAUAGGUUUGAUAAUAUAACUAAGGAUUAUAAUAAUAACAAUAAUAAUAAUAAUAACAAUAAUAACAAUAAUAACAAUAAUAACAAUUAUUACAAUAAUUAUAAUAAUAAUUAUUAUUAUAAUAGUAGUAAUAGUAGUAAUAACAAAAUGAAUGAUUUUAAAAAUAUUAAUAAUUAUUAUACAAAUAAUAAUAUUAAUAAUACAAAUAAUAUCAAUUAUAACAAUAAUGAUAAUACAAUAUUUAAACAUAAAAACUCAUUAUCUUGUUUAAAAUUAUCAAUGUAUAAUUAUAAAAUAUUUAAAAAUGAUAUAACACUUAAUAGUACUCAUAAUAUUUUUAGUUAUGCUCUAACCUUUAAACAUUUUUAUGAUAUACAUAAUGUCUUAAAUAGAGAUCCUAAUGGAUUAAGAAAAAUAAAAAUAAUAUUAAAAAAAGAUAUUGGCACUAUUAGCAUAUCCCCUUUUUAUAUUAAUUUUGAUUCUAUACGUAUUUUUGAUAAUGUUUGUAAAACAUUUAAUAUUAUGGAUUAUAAUUAUAAAAAACAAGAUAUCUAUAAUUUUAUGAAUCUCUGUUCAACAAACAGGGAAUCAUUAUAUAUGCUCAAAAAUAUUUUCUUAAAAGACUUAUAUAAACAACAAAAGAUUUAUCAAAAUGAUAAUAAUAACAAAAAAACAACCUAUAGAAAAAGAAAUGCUUUAAGAAAAAAAAAAAAAAAAAAAGAAAAUAUUCUAGAAAUUUUGGAUGAAGAAAAAAGAAUUAAUGUUCUAUAUUUUAUUAAUCGUUUUUUAUAUUCAAAUAAAACGCCAUUAUCAUAUUUAUUUAGAAAUUAUACAACCAAUAUGGUUAAUGAAAAAAUAAUUAUAAACAAAAAUAAUGAAGAAUCUCAUAAAAUUUUACAUUCAAAUCAAGUCGAUAAAGUGGACAAAGUAGAUGAAUUCGUUUUAUAUUCAGACGAACUAAGUAUUGAUUAUUUUCUUUUCCUUAUGAUUUUUGAAAAGAAAAUUGAAUUAAGUUUUUCAAAUUAUUUAAUAAAAAAGAUAAACGCAUGUAAAAAGUUUAAAUGUGAUGAUAAUACAGAUAACUUCAAGCAGGUAUCAGAAGAUGUAUUUGUUGAUGUAUAUGAUAAUAUGUCUGAAAAGAUACCUGGUGAUAUGUCUGAAAAAACAUCUGGUGAUAUGUCUGAAAAAACACCUUGUGAUGUGUCUGCUACAAGAUCGGCUGAUUUGGAGGAAGAAUCUACUAAAGAUGAUACAAUGUUGAACGAGAAACAAAUAGAAGACAGGAGUGAUAGUAAUAAUAGAGACAACGAACAGAUAGAUGAAAAUAAAAGUGACAUUAUAAAGAAUGAAGAAUAUAAUGUUUCUAAUGUAUAUAUGGAUAAAAAUUCUAUAGAUAUAAAUAAUAAAAAAAAUACAAAUAUUUGUAUCAAUACAAGUACCAUACAAAAUAAUAAUAUAACUUACAAUAAUGAUGAUGAUUCAAAUAAUUUGGAAAAUAAAAAAUCAAGAAACGAAGAAAAUAAAUGCAUGGAUAUAUACGACAACAAAAACAAAUUGGAUAAUAAACAAAAUUCUUGUGAUGUAAGUCCAUCAAAAAAAAAAAUAUCGAACAUCAAAUAUAAUCAUAUAACAGAAAUAAAUUGUAAUAAUAAGGAAAAUAAUACUAUAAUCAGUAAACAAACAUAUCUAAUACAAAAUGUGAAUAUUGAUAAUGAUAAAAAUAAUGGCCCAAAUAAUAAUAGUAAUAAUAAUAAUGAUAGAGAUAUUACACAUAAUAGAGAUAUUAAACCUAAUAAUAUUGAAGUAGAAAGCUCCGAUUCUUUAUGCACCUCAAGUUCAGAAGAUGAUUACAAUCAAAGAAGUGAUAAAAUAAAAAAAAAAUCAGAUAUAGAAAAUGAAAUUAUUUUAUUAAAAAAUAUUAGACCUUUUCCAACUAUUUAUUGGUUAAUAAAUAAAAAUAUAUGUGGAUAUAUAUCUCAUUUGGAAAAAAUAAAUAUUAUAAAAAAUAUUGAAGAUUUUAUAAAUCAUCCAGGAGAAGAAUUUAAAUUAUUAAGAUAUUAUUUAAUAUAUGAUCAUUUAAAAUAUAUAGUUAUUCGUUUAAGACAUAUACAUAAAAAAAUACUUAUCUUUUUUUAUAACUAUUUUUUAAACAGUGAAUAUUUCAUAUCUCAACAUAAACAUAAUAAUCACAUAUCAAAUAGUGAUCAAUAUAAAAAUAAUCCAUUCACACAAAUAUUUGAAAUCACUCCUAUCAUACAAUUAUAUUUUAAAAAAUAUCCUACAGAUUCUAAUACUAUAUGUGAAAUAUUAAGAAAAAUUAAUACACUUAGAAUUAAAGGUAUAGGAGGUAUCUCAAACUUUCUAACCUUGAAAUGUAUACAUUUAUAUUUUGCAUCUCAUUUAUCUUACCCCAAUACAGUUGGUUAUAUAAUCGAGGAAUAUUUUAAGUCAUAA